UUGUAAUCAUAAGAAAGAACGCCGGUAAGGGCUCCGGAGAGUUGACCUAUAGUCAUGGCUCGUGAAUCGAGAAAUUUAAGGAAAAGCUACAGGAAUUGUAUAACAAUAUAAAUAAAUAAGAAUACGGUCUUUGUUGACCCGGAAACUAUUUGCACUUCCGCCUCCCAAGAUAUUUCUGACGCAAACGUGUUGAAAACUCACAGCGAGGGAAUAACUCUUCUUCGCGACGACAUGCCAGGGUCAGAUAAAGAAGCUGACCUUACCGAGAGAAUUGAAGCUUUUGUUGCCGACUUGAAGCGCGGAGGCAGCGGGACGGGACCCUUGCGCGGCUCGGCCGAAACUGCCCGAGAGACGACCGCCCUGCUCCGUAGGAUCACUUCCCAGGCACGAUGGAACAGCGCAGGUGAUUUAAUGGAGAUCAUUCGCAAAGAGGGGAGGAGGAUGACAGCUGCCCAGCCCUCUGAGACCACGGUCGGUAACAUGGUCAGACGGGUGCUUAGGAUGAUUAGAGAAGAAUAUGCCAGGUCUAGAGGCAGUGGCAGUGAGGAGACGGACCAACAAGAAUCUCUCCACAAGCUGCUGACUUCAGGGGGACUCAGUGAUGAUAACUUCAGACAACAUUUUGCCCCUCUUAAAGCCAAUGUUAUAGAGGCUAUCAAUGAGUUGCUCACAGAGCUGGAGGGGACAACAGACAACAUCGCUAUACAGGCCCUGGAGCACAUCCACUCUAAUGAGGUUAUCAUGACCAUCGGCCGUUCUCGCACUGUUGAAGCCUUCCUCAAAGAUGCAGCACGCAAACGCAAGUUCCACGUUAUCGUAGCGGAGUGUGCCCCCUUCUGCCAGGGACAUCAAAUGGCAACAAGUCUCUCUGAAGCCGGCAUUGAAACAACUGUGAUUCCAGAUGCUGCCAUAUUUGCCGUGAUGUCUCGUGUUAAUAAGGUUAUCAUUGGUACACAGACAAUUCUAGCUAAUGGAGGGCUUAGGGCCGUCAAUGGGACACAUACACUGGCAUUGGCUGCGAAACACCACUCCACACCCCUGAUCGUGUGUGCUCCCAUGUUCAAGCUCUCACCUCAGUUCCCAAAUGAAGAGGAUACUUUCCAUAAAUUUGUCUCCCCACAUGAGGUGCUCCCAUUCACAGAAGGGGAGAUUCUCUCCAAAGUGAAUGUGCACUGUCCGGUGUUUGACUACGUCCCACCUGAGCUCAUCACACUUUUCAUCUCUAAUAUUGGAGGAAACGCACCCUCAUACAUCUACCGUCUGAUGAGCGAGCUUUACCACCCAGAAGACCAUGAACUCUAACCAGUGUAAAUAAAAUUGAAAUGAUUAUUGCAACACCCUGUGGCUGCUCCGUGUUUGAAAGAAAAUAUAAAAAUAUGUUAUU